AUGAAAAUAAUUAAGGGUAUAAUAAUAUAUUAUUGUUUAGUUUCUUUGGGUGAAUCUUCAAAUAUACCUAGAAAUGUCCCAGACAAAAUAUUGAAUAAAAGUUUAACAGAUACAUUGAAUUAUAAUUUUAAUUUAGAUGAUGUUAUGGGUAUAUUUGAUAAAAUCUUCAAGAACAAUGUUGAUGACUUUAAAAUAGAAGAAAAUAAUGAUAUAAAGAAUUUGGAAUUUAGGAAAUAUACAUUUAAUGAACACAAUUAUGAUUUACUAUACGAAUCGUUUAGAGAUUAUUGUCUUAACGAAGUUGUGAAUAAUGAAAAUUGCAUAAAAUUUUUAGACGUGGACAAUAUUCUCAAUGUAUUUCAUGAUAUAGAUAGCGUUUUUCAUUCUCGAUUUUAUAAAGAGAUUAAAGAAGUAAAAAGUUAUAUUUUUGAAAUUAUAAAAUUGUUAAAUAAAAGUGAUGAUCUUAGUGUUAAAAUAAAGAAGACAUUUGAUGGAAUUAAAAGUAAGAAAAAUAUGCUGCUUAAAUCAUUGGAUGAACGAUUUAACACAGCUGUUCCUAUAAUUAGCUAUUUUGAAGGCAUGACAUAUAAUUUAACCAAAGAAAAUAAUAAUAUAAAUUUUUAUGAAAUGAUGGUACAGUAUGGUAAUGAUUUAAAUAGUGCUGUAAAAAAUGCACUAGUAGAAUAUGUAUAUACAUAUAGAGAAGUAAAAAAUUUUCAGAAAAAAUUAGAAAAAUAUAUAGAAAAGAAUGCAAAAAUAUUAUCUAAAAUGCAUAGAAAAAUAGUAUUGAGCAUAUUUUAUAUGAUUGCAGAUAUGAAUAAAACUACUGAAAAAAUUGAUAAUUUAAUUAAUAAAAAAGUAGAAGAAUAUGAGGAAUGGAUAAAUAAGGAAAAUGUGAAUUUUAGUAGAAUGAUAAGUAAUUUAAAAUAUAAUGUUGAUUUUAAUAUAGAUGAUAUAAAUAGUAUUAUUGAUACAUCAAAAGAAAAUUUAUUAAAAAAUAAUAUUGAUUUUAUUAAUAUGAGUGAAUAUGUCACAUUUCACAGUCCAAAUAAAACUAUCAAUUCUAUUAUACAUUUCUUAAACAAUAAAUAUUCAAAAAAUGUUCAUAUUAUAUUUUUAUAUAAUGAAGAAUAUAUUAAUUUGAAUUUUAAUAUGAAAGAAGAAAAAUCAGAGGAACCAUCAUCCAAAAUUGAUUUAAAACUUAUGAAUAAAUCGAAUUUUGAUCAUUUAGAUUAUAUAGAAACAACAAAAUAUGAAAAUAUAUUAACUUCCAUGAAAAAAGAAAAUCAUUCUUAUUUUCAUUUGGAGAAAGGAGAUAUUGAUAACCUUAUUGAUGAUCUUUUUGUCAAAUAUGAUGAUAAUAAUAAUAAUAGUCCAUGGAUAAAAGAAAAAUCAAUGGAUGUUAAAGAAGGUGCAAAAGAAGGAUAUACUGAUCUAAAUGAUGAAAUUACCAAAUAUACAGAAAAAAUGGAAAAAAAAAUUGAUAAUGUUACAGACGAUUAUAUAUUUAAACCUACUAUAAAAAGUUAUAUAGAAGGUGUGAAAAAUCUUUUUGGAAAUGCUAUUUUUCAGUUUAAUAAAUAUAUAUAUACCUUUGAUAAAAAUUAUGAAGAUACAAGUGUCAAUAAUGAAACCGGUGAUCAAAUUGUUGAUAUGAGUAAUAAAUUCGAGAAAGAUGUAUAUCCUGAGGAUAUAGAAGAGGGUGAAGAAAUUAUUGACGAUGAAAAUAUAGAGGAUGAAGAAAAUAAUUUUAAAGGGGAUAAUAAAAAUGUACAAGAAAAGGAAUUAACAGAAGAAAAAGUGCAUAAGAAAGGAAAUAUUGAUGGCCAAAUUGAGGAUAUGAAAGAAAAUAAAGAAAGAACUGAUGAGGUGAAGGAUGGAGAUAAAAAUGAUGUGAAAGAUAAAGAUAAAAAUGAUGUAAAAGAAAAAGAUAAAAAUGAUUUGAAAGAUGAAGACAAAAGUGAUGUAACAGAUGAAGAUAAAAAUGAUGUAAAAGAAAAAGAUAAAAAUGAUUUGAAAGAUGAACACAAAAGUGAUGUAACAGAUGAACACAAAAGUGAUGUAACAGAUGAAGACAAAAGUGAUGUAAAAGAUGAAGACAAAAGUGAUGUAAAAGAUGAAGACAAAAGUGAUGUAAAAGAUGAAGACAAAAAUGAUGUAAAAGAUGAAGACAAAAGUGAUGUAAAAGAUGAAGACAAAAAUGAUGUAAAAGAUGAAGACAAAAGUGAUGUAAAAGAUGAGGACAAAAAUGAUGAGCCAACUAUAACAUCAAUUGAAGAAUCAAUUAAAUUAUUAAAUGAAAAAAAAAAAUCUAAUAAAAUAAAACUAAGCAAUACAGUAGAUGAUAUAAAUGAAUUUGAGAAUGAAUUUCAAAGUACAUACGAAAAUGAUUAUGAAAAUGAAUAUGAAAAUGAAUUUGAAGACGAAUAUAAAAUGUUAUGUGAAAAUAAUUGUGACGGUUCAAAUGAAAAUAAAAAUAAUGUGUUAUCCAUAUUUGAAAGUUCAAAUUUAAAAUAUUUAUGGAGGAUACCUAUAAUAAAUAAUUUAUAUAAUUCAUGUUGUAAAGAUAAACUAGAAAAUGAUAAUAAUGAGAAUAUACAAAAUAUUAACGUAUUCGAAGUUGAUGAAGAAGAAAUUUUAAAAAUAUAUGAUAAUAUGGAUUCAAUAAAAUAUGAAGAUGUUACCAGAUGGAUUAAGGAUAAUAUAUUAUAUGCAGUACCAGAUAUGAAUUAUAUUUUGGGAGCUUUAAAAUCACAAAAGCGAUAUAUGAAUAACGUAAGUAGUACUAGAAUUGGAGGUACAGAUAGUAAUAGUAUUCAUCAGAAUUAUUUUUAUGAUUCAUUUUAUGGACGUGAUUAUUUAAUUAUGAAAUCGAAAGGAGUUCAUGUAGAGACAUUUUUAUAUCCUUAUUUUGAAACAUUAAAUAUGGAAUUAAAUGAAGCUGGAAUUUGUCCAUGGGGAAAUUAUUAUUCUUGUAUGGAAAAAUAUGUAAAAGAACAUAUAAAGAAUAAAAUGAUUGAUGAUAAAAUAUUAUUUGUAUAUAUAGGAACUUUUAAAGAAGAAAUAUUUAAAUUAUCAAGAUCAAAAACAGCAGACGAUUUAAAGAAAAUACAUUUAAAACAAUUUUUGGAUAAUGAAAAAGAAUAUGAUUUUUUUAAUAAUUUUAUGAUAAAAAAAUAUAAUGAAGAAUAUAAUUUCUUUGAAAAUUUAAAAACACAUAUAGUAUAUCAUUCAAGAUAUAAACAUUUAUUAAUGUAUGGUAUUGAUUUCAAUUUUCAUGUUUCUUAUUUCUUAAAAGGAGAUAUUCAAUUCUUACCCUUGUCCUAUUAUUAUGACUCCAUAAUUUAUUUCAAAGUUAUUUUUGCUACAUCAAAAUAUGGAUAUCAUGAAAUAGUACCAAUUGAUGAUGAUAUAAUAAAAUUUGGAUUAUUACUUUCUUUAGAUAAUAAAAAUAAAAAUGUACACUAUUUAAUUUCUUCAGAAGUCAAGCAAGAUACAAAUUAUGAUUUAAUGAAAAAUAAAAUAGGAGUAAUUAAAAUUUAUGAAGUCUCAUAUGAAAUGCUCAACAUGCAAUUAAUUAACAACAAAUAUAAAGUCAAUGUAACCAAAAAUAUGAGAAUUAUUUUAGAAAAAGAAGUUAUAUUUAAUAAUAACCAAAAAAAACUUCUUGAUUAUAUUGAUUCUUUUUAUGAUAUUAUGAAUAAAAUAAUGAAAAAUAAUAUGAACUUGGAAUUAUAUGGAAAAACAUUUUUUGUUCAUGUUCAAAGGGUUUAA